AUGAUUGCAACAGCUGAUAUAAAAGUCCUGAGGUUCAAACCGUUCCAAAAUAACGGCAACUCAGUCAAAAUGUGGUCCGUCGGUCCUGAGUUUGAAGCUUCUUCCGUCAGCGCAUGCGCAACUCAGUGUUCAAAGUAUGUUCCGAUGUGUUACAGCUUCGUUUACAACCGGAAGUCAAAACGGUGUACACCAGGAUCAUGGCUUAUAUCGUCUGACAAAUCUUUUAAUUCAACACUUGGAACUCUGUAUUCUGUCCCUGGAACAUUCUGUGACACCAGCAAAGUCAACUUCACUGUUGUAACUAAAGGCAGUGUCAGCUCGUGCAUGUGGCUGUCCAACACAAUGGCCACUUACAGGACUGCUGUCAACUUAUGUAAAGACAUGGGUUCCAGCCUCUACACUAUAAAAGUGCCAGAGAAACUCAGCAUUUUGUUGGACGCUGUCAAAACUUUCAAUGUGGAUCAUUGGAUAGGCCUGGAUGACCUGUCAGAGGAAGGUGUCUUCAAAUGGGUGGAUGACGGAUCUAUCUGGACCAACGACUGGACGUUAUUCGCACAACAUCAACCUGAUGACAUGUUAGGUGAAGAUUGCGUACAGUACAGCCCAGUGUAUUACCCAAUCAACGAUUACUCGUGUGAUUACUUAUCAAGAUUUAUCUGUGAGAUGGAGCCUAUGAACAAGUAG